AUGACCGAUCAGGGUGCAGCCAGUCCGGACGAGGAAAUAUCGUGGAGCAUGGUACAAGGACAGGGCAGCUCGUGGAACUACUCCGGUACCUAUAUGGGUACAUGGGUACCGGUGUCCUCAUACUCGCCUAGUCAAGCCUUCUUGCCAUCCUACACCACACGCGAGCACGAGUGGGAAGCCAGUCUACCUGUAACUUCUGAUGCAACAUACACCUCUGCAACAGAUGCGAACCUUCGAGGUCAUGAUUAUACCGGCUCUGUUUCAUUACCCAUAAGAGGGCAUGAAUCAAGCAAUUCAGAACCUUCACAUUCUGGGGAUCCUCUCGACUCCGUAGCUUGGGAUAGUAGAGUCGUGGUCGAAAGACAGGCCUACCAUUCACCCAGCUCGACCCUUUGUUUUGGUGAUGGCCAACAGAGUAGACUGCUGGUUCGCUCCAAUUCCGUUACUCAUGGGUAUCACCAACAUAAUGUCCGUGAUGGCGCUUUUCUUGUUCACAGUCAUACAGUCGAUAGGCAAGGCCAAGAUAAUCCUGACGAUAGCCUACGCAGACUCACAAUGACGACAGAGGUAGGCCAUGUCGAUCAUGGCGCUCCGCAAAAUUACAGCUCCACAUAUACGUCAAUGACGCCUAGCUUCGUAAGCGUUGGCAACAGCGAGCCUUACGCUCCGUUCAAUAUGGACGAGACUCAGUCUGGUAUCAACUUUCAAACCAUCACCGGGAUUCAGCAAAGCCACUAUCAGCCCCUUGUCGCUGGACCGGUCCCUUCGUCAAGCUCGUGGCAGAACAUCAGCUCCCCACAUGAUUCUCCAUAUGGAACAGAGGAGCUUGUAAUCGAUAGCCCACCUAGCAACGAAAACCGCUCACCUUCUAUAUCUGCCGAAGCGGGACUAGCUCAUGAUUCUAAAGUUGAGCAGGCCGAAGAACCUGCUGAACCUCAACCACUGAAAGGGGAUCCUCGGUAUCAGAAUGGGCCAAGUCGCAGUAGUGCUCACUUUAAAAAACGUCAACCAAAGAGCAAGGUGUCGAAGAGACAGGGCAAGUUGACUGAUGAAGGGCGAGCCAAAGCUGCUGAAAUGCGAAAGACCGGGCGCUGUCUACGUUGCAAGAUGUAUAAGCUUGGGUGCGAUGGAAAUAAUCCAUGCCAACGAUGCACUAAAGUUGCUGGAUCAGCUCGUAGCUUUUUGGAGCCAUGCACAAGAGCAGAUUUAGCGGAUCAUAGCAUGAUCAGGCAUUGCAAUGCCAGGUUUCGGCAACAGAAUGCUGAAUUUAUACGCUAUAAUUUCAUUCGUGUAGACGAGCCUCUACCUACCGUGGAAGUGCAUUGGUUUCUUCCUGGAAAUGUCCAAGUCCACGGACACCAUGUAACUGUACAAUAUGGUCAAUAUAAUGUCGACAAAACGCUCGCAAUGGAUACUACUACGUACCACAUCAGUGGACGGCAGCCAAUCACCACACAGCCAUUUGCCAUCUACAAUACCUCGAAGCUCGUAGACGAUAUGAGUAGACUGAUUCAGGCUGCGCAACCCAGCGUUGAGAAAUGGAUCGUUUCACAAUACCGGGAUGAUCCUUUGAAUCACCUCACUUUCCUUGAAGCUUGCCGCUAUAGAGACAAGUCAGGUUCAAGGAUUGUCGCACUGGCUCUCCGUAUACAAUGCGGUGCGAUCAUGUCUCAAGGGUAUGGCUCGGUUUUUGGGGGUGACCCAACGCAGUUUCGACGAGUAGACUACAUCAGCUCAAGUCCUUCCGAUUAUGAGUCAUACAACCGAGGAAUGGAUACACCAUUGCCUCAGGCUAUGGGACAUCAGUUCGAUGUUGCUAUCCUAAAGUACAUUAACGAGCUCCAAGUUGAGCUCGUAAAGGGACUGAAGAGCAAGAUAUUCGGAUCCGGAGCGAAGCCUUGGUAUGAAAUAUUUUUGACAUGUUUUGUUCUUCUUUCCAAUCUCGAGUACAUCCAUGAUGGUGCCAGCACAUACGCUCGAUCUAAGAUGAAAACGGCUCUCGAGAGUCAGGUCACCUUCGUCAUAAAAACACAAAUUGACAAAUGGAAACUAUCCGCGCGUAUCCUGCUUCAGCAUUUUCGCUGCGUCUUAAAGGGUUUUGUACCUUUUCACAUCGCCAGACAACAGUUACCACAGGUCAAAAAGGAAGCGAAGCUAGAUGGUGAAGCCACUCUCUACAUACAACAGGCAUUACAACUACUUGAUAAACAGGCUGCUUACUAUACCGACCUCGAUGGUUCUCGCACAGGCGGCGCUUCCCAGAAAGGGCGAUGGAUUCAUCAACUUUUCACACAAAGCUACCGCCAAACUUGAAUUCUGCCGGGCUUAUAGUUGCCAAGUGGUUGUGUGUCAAUGUUUUAAGUUGGGAAACUAGAGGAUACGUACACAUCUUCCGUACAAAUAACUACUCCGAGCGAGUCUCACUUUUAUGAGCCUUGCAAUCACUUGUAACACUGCAAAGAAGCCGAGAGAUUUGGCCUGAGGGCAGUUGGAUGCAAAAGUUGUGCUUUUCGGGCAAGAGGACCCAUAUCGAAGUGUCGUACCACAUGAUCGUGAAACGGCUGGGAAGCUGUUAUGAGUCGUCUCUAUAAUCAAGAAAUAGCAAUCUGAACGUUGGACGCACCCUAUAGACCAC